UCUCAACAGUACAUCUACUACAUUUCUUGCUCUUCACACUGCCAUUAGUUAAUUAAUUAAUUGUCAUUCUGAGUAACUGCCAUUGCUUAAUUGAUUUACAAAGCCUUAAUUAACUAAUUACACCGCGUAUUGAAUGUACGCACGCAUGUGUUUAUAUCAAGUUCUGCGGCCAGUACCCCAAUCUUCGAGGUGCACGGACAUGGGGGACGACCUGUUUCAUCAGCACCCAGAUUUCCUACAGUUUAUUCACCCAUUCGAUGGAACAGCGACCGGUUUUGCUCGUUUUGGUUUUGACGGCUCGUUUCCAUUCACUGAAACGGACAACCUUCUGCAAGUCCCAAUGGUUUUUCCAAAUGAGCUCGCCAUCGUCGUCAGCAGUAAGCCUGGGAUGGAGGUCGAGACGAUGAUGAAGAACAAGUCGACGAGGAGGGUUAGUGGAAAAGUACAGAAGAAGAGCAAGGGGAAGAAAGGCCAAUGGACAGCUGAAGAAGACAGGCAUUGUUAAUUACUUACUCUGUUUCCUCUGUUUCCAACUUUGAGCUCUCAAGAACAUAAAGAUUAUUGAUGAUUUGAUGUGGGUGUGUUAUCGUACAGAUUGUUGAUGAGUCUGGUGGAGAAGCAUGGACUGACGAAGUGGGCUCAGAUUGCAAAGUUGAUGCGAGGAAGGAUCGGGAAGCAAUGCAGAGAGAGGUGGAACAACCAUCUCAGGCCUAAUAUCAAGAAGGAGACGUGGAGCGAGGAAGAGGACAAGAUUCUGAUCGAGGUGCAUUCGGAGGUUGGCAACAAAUGGGCAGAGAUCGCGAAGAGGCUCCCCGGCCGGACGGAGAACUCCAUCAAGAACCACUGGAACGCCACCAAGCGGAGGCACUUCGCCCCGCGAUGCCGCCGGCGGCCCGCCAGGAGCAUGAGCAACCCCAACUCCGGCGUCCUCCUACAGACCUACAUCCAAGGCCUGAUGGCCACGGCCGCCCGGCCGCCACCAACCUCGGCCGAGAACUCCUAUCCCAGCGCCCCCUGCGUUCUUUCCCGAAACGCUGCAGCCGCAGACGACGACGACGACUUCAGCGACUGGACCAGCCUUCUGUUUGACGACGGCGGCAAGGCGGAGGAGGAGCAGGAGAAGAUCAUGAAGGUGGGAGCAGAUGACGGUGCCGGGUACCUCUUCGAUUGCCCGCAGUGGGAGGAGAUGGGGGAGGCGGCUCAGCUGUGCUGGGAGGACGACGGCCAACCGGAGGUGGAGCUGAUGGAGAUGAUCUCCCGUUGCCAUAAUUGA